ACGAGUACCCGGGAGCUAUUCCUCUCAUGACGAGGAUAAGUGAUACGAGAGACGGGCAGAUGGAGGCAUGUCUGUCGACCGUGUCCCUGCCACCUGACCCCAACCACCCUGACGUGGCGGCUGACCGCUUCCACAAGCCGUUGCUGCACCCGCAAGUGAUGCGUCUCAUCAGAGAUGAAACUGGUCAGGCCAUCGGCCAUCACUCGCACUCUACAGGCCGUCUGGCAGAGAAAACAAUCGUGGAAGGCGUCGAAGCAACAGACCAUUUGGACCAGCACUCCAAAGUUGGACACGCGUCCACGCGCAGAGUUGACUUAGGUGUCGGUCAUCUGCCUGGCCGGCGACAGAGGAGGGAGAGUGAGCCCACUAUCUCACUGCACGCCCCGGCUUCAUUUAACCACCCAACGUUCGGUCAGCCCAACACUCAGUACAAAGUUCAAUUAUAUAUUCAAAAUUUUGCGAGUUCUGUUUGUGUGUUGGGCGUUGAAAGAAAGCUUUUCGUUGUAGUCUGUGGGCAUGAUUUGGUUUUAAUUAAAUGA